CAACAGAUUUUUUACCCUUGGCGAAGCUGUCAAAUUGGACUCAUUUUGAAAUUGGUAUAUUCUUGGGGGAAACAUCAUUGGGAAGGAAUUCUUGUGGCUUGCAGUGAAUUUAGAAAGGAGAGGUUUAUGUUAUUAUCUUGCCCUACGAUAGACAUUCGUGACAACAGAAUGCAAUUGAUGGGUUCGUUGCAGUUGUAGUUGCAAGUGUUUUAGUCUUCUUUUGUUGUUUCUGCGUUUGCCCUACAUACCUGCCGCAAUCCUUUUGGUAAACGUGACGUGGGUUGCACGUUGAACGACGGUACCCAAGGAGUUGGUUUGGGUAAGCUGGAAGCGUGAAGUGAACAAAACUAUCAGCAAGCAACCAGCAUGGGCAAAUCAUCACAGGUUGCCAUGGAUCCCGAUAGCAGCAGUGAUCGCAUAACAGCUCGCGUUGGUUCGCGCACGAAGAAAGCGAAAAUUGUAUUUGACCCCUCCGACCAUCAUGUGCCGCGAAAACGCAACCGUCGAGGUGAAAACGAUAUAGCGGUAACAACAACGGGGCUAUCGAAAUCAGAAACAAGCCGGACCCCAACGCCGUUAUCGUCGUCCUUUGCCGAAGCAGGUUCAAGCUACAAUAGUCAUACGUCAGCAGCAAAUUCAACGGUACCAAUAGUAACAGCUAGCCAUCGCAGUGCUACUACAACGCCGGGGACAUCGUGCCGCCUUUGUCAAAAAUGCGGCCAGAAAGGGCCCGGGCGAAUACCACGUAAAACACCCAUAACACCUUGGACGUGUUCUGCGUGUGCGUUACUUAAAACGGACAGCAAGACAUCUGGUAACAAACAGGGAAAGUCGAAAAAUCAAACCAAAUCUGUUAGGCGUCGAACUUCUGAAGAAGCUGAUAAUAUGAAUGAUGAAGAGGAGGAGGAUGAGGAACCGGAGGAAGAAGAGGAAGAGGAAGAGGAGAGAGAAGAGGAUAACAAGCAGCAGCAUGAUUUUGCCGGAUUCAGCGAGACGGAACUCGGUGGCCAUGGGAAUGUAAACGAUGUAACGGCCGACGAACGGCUUUAUGCUCCGAUCAAACAAGACCCAAGUGCGGAUAGUGAUGGUGGUGCCCUAGCCGAUACCAUCGCAACCAGAAAAACCACUAAAUCGUCAUUAAAAGCCGAUUAUAGCAACGAUGAAUCGGUCAAAGACAUACGGUACUGGUCGUGCGAUGAUGUGUGUCGGUUCUUCGGCAGGCAUUGCAAAGCGUGGGGUGAUUUAUUCCACGAACAGGAAAUCGAUGGCGCAUCGUUGCUCUUAAUGCGGAAAGGUGACGUGCUGACGAGAUUUGGCCUUAAGCUUGGCCCGGCAAUGGAACUGUAUCAGCGUAUAGUGGCUCUACAGAACGGUGACAGAGAUAUAGUCGAUGUACGAUUAACUUGGAUAUAAACUCCAUGCAGGAAUGCGAUAAAAUGGCGGCACCUUCUUUCAAGUAUCAGUCGCAUGUGAGCGCGCGCUUUACAUGUAGCAUGCAAUGAAAUUGUUUUAAGACCGCGUAAAUGGGUGAGUGAGAUGUUUAUUAUAAGCUAGGUAUAGGUAUAGACAUUUAAUAUUACAACAAUACAAUAAACAGAAACCACCACCGGUGUAUUGAUAGCGAUUCCGGUCUUCACAGUACCAGUACCGGGGUCCAUACUCCCGUCCGGACCAAUCCCCCGUAGCACAAGGGCAAACUAUCCGGCUACUUGGUAAUAUAAAUCUAAUAAGUCAGAAACGGUAGGCAUUAUGCCAAAUAGGUCGUUACGCCAAGAAGAAAAGAAUAAACAGAAACAGUAUGGAGCCCAAAAUCAUUACGUUUGUUGGAUGUUACUCAGAUAUUUGAAUGGUGAUAGACGUAGUUUGGUCUAGUAAAUAGAUGUAAUGUUUUGUUCAAUGCAACAUUCAAUGAAAUGUCGGGACACAGUCAGUCGGGACGGGAGAUUAUUUAUUAUUUCCGGUGGUGAGUAGAUUUGAAACCAGCAUGCUGUCUUUUUAGUGAAACCGCUGUGAAGGUUAUCUUCGAAACGAUAGUUACAUGAGGCAAAUGGAAUAAUGAGUAAAUAGAUUGUUACUUAAAAAUGGUUUUCUGCUCAUAAUGUUAAUAUUGAAAUAUUUUCAUGUACACGAUCGUGCGAAACCCUCAGUUAUUUGUUAUAAUCUACGUAAAUAGUUGUGCUCCUCCUCCCAAACGACAUUGCUAACUUAACCAUUAUGUUUUAUUUUGGUGUUUAUUGAUUUUUACAAAAAUUAAAUAAAAACAAACGGCCAUCGCGUCAAGAUCAAUCGCCAACUUUGUGCAGUAUCAAAAGCGUUAUCAAAACCAUACCAUGCGACUGGUAUGCAU